AUGGAAGAUUCUGAAAGUAAUGUACAUUUAAAAACCUUUGUGCAAAUAAACCAUGAUGACAUUAUAUUACCUGGAGAACUUCAUCGUACCAAUCAAGACAUUGGAAUCUGUAUAUUUGUUCAUGGGUCUGGAUCUAGUAGAUCUAGUCCAAGAUAUGUUGCGAAAGUGCUUCGAUCCCAUGGUAUUGCCACAUUUUUGUUGGACUUGCUUACUCCCCAAGAAGAACAGAUUGAUGAAAUGACAAGACAUUUACGAUUCGAUAUAG